AUGAACGAUUAUCCAACAAUCGACCUAAACUGGUGCACCUAUUGUGACAAUGCCAUUUCACCAUUGUCGGAAUCGCUUUAUUGUAGUGAAAAAUGUUUACGUGCAGAUGCCUUGCGCAAACAUCCGUCACGGGGCUACACCUGGCAUGAGUUUGACGAUUUCUUGAGACGACCCAAAGAAUGCCAAAUGAUGCUGUUCAGGCCUUUGGAUCUCUUAGCUACUGCCACUCGAUAA